AUGAAUGAAACAUUACAAGAAUGUGAUGAUUAUGUUGGAGUACUUUUAAAACUAAUUGAUAAUGAUAAAAAUUUAAAAACAAAUCUUAAUGUUAUUAUAACUUCUGAUCAUGGAAUGCAUGAUGUGCCGAAAAAUCAUAAAAUUUUUCUUGAAGACUAUAUUGAUAAAUCAUUAUUUUCAGCAUAUGGUGGUCAUUCAUUUGCUAAUAUAUUUGUUAAUAAUAAAGAAGAUAUCGAUCGUAUCUACGCUAGUUUAUCACCUAUUCCAAAUUAUGAAGUAUACAAAAAAGCUCAAAUACCCGAUGAAUAUCAUUAUAAAUCUAAUGUACGAAUUGGUGAUAUAUUAAUUGUUGGUAAAGUUGGUUAUGAAGUAUUUGUAUCAAAUACUACAGAUGCAGAUUUACUCGGCGAUCAUGGUUAUGAUAAUCGAGCUGAAUCAAUGCAUCCAAUAUUUUAUGGAUUUGGACCAGCAUUUCGUUCUAAUCUCCUAGCUGAACCAUUUCGUAAUGUUGAUAUUUAUCCAUUAAUGUGUUAUAUACUUCAUUUGAAUCAACGUAAAACAAAUGGUUCAUUAGAUAAUGUUAAACAUAUACUAAUCGAUUUUUCACCAAGUAAUUUGUCGAACAUUUUAGUUAUUAUUUUUAUUAUUUUGGUGAUUGUAACGGCAUUUAUUUAUACAAUAUGUGCUUGUCGUCAUUGUCGAAAAUUGAUUUAUGUAGAAACAAGAAUUGUACCUGAUCAGUAUCGUCUUUUGAGUAAUAGUGACGGAUCAAAAAAUAAUUUGAUUGUUAGCGAAAGUGAAGAUGAACAAGAAAAUCAUUAG